AGGAAUAUUGUUUUGAAUUAUCAGUCUUAAAGAGAACAACAUACGAUAAUGUUUAUAUUUAUAUUAUUUAUUUGUGUUAAUACUGCCUAUGGUUAUUUCACUAUACCGGGAAAGUGUCCAGAUAAUGUCGAAUUACAAGAUGAUUUUCGGCUGGUGGACUUUUACGGAAAAUGGUAUCAAGCAUACCAGUACUCUAGCGAUGGCCAGAUCCAGAAUAAUUGUUCAACCAUUGAACUGAUGACAAGACCCUCAGGCAUCUACCUGAACCAGUCGAGAGUAGACCGGGGAUUGUUCCACCGGUACAGUAUAGGAAAGGUUGAUAUGCCAUCAAAAGUUGGGGAUGCAGCCAAUCUGGAACUGAUUUUCGCUUUCAAAAAUGCGCCCAGGCGAUUGAAAACGAGGAGGUAUCCUUUUCGUAUCCUGGCUACAAACUACAAUUAUUUCGCCACUAUUUACACUUGCGAAUACAGUAACCUGAUUGAUAAGCACUUCAUUCAUGUGUGGAUUUUAUCCAGGAACCAAAUAUUGAAUGACGUUUCAAAGGAGCUGGCGGUAAAGCCUUUGAAUAAAAUAGGCGUAGACCCAAUGAAAUUAGUCAAAGAUGAUCGAAGCAAGUGCAAUCCUAAGUACUAUGAAGACGUGCCCGUAGAACCGAUGACAUUUAGAUGUCCAGUACCGAUCUAAAGUAAUUCUUGGAUAUACAACUAUAAAUAAACAUGAAAAAAAUAUUAUUCA